CCCCUGCCCGACCCUGCCCGGCCCCGAGGUGGCGGCGGCGGCGGGAGCGGGGUGGAGGGGUUAUAGGUGAAGAUGCAGGAGCCUGACCUGGUCGCGAAAACGCUGCGAGCUGUUCUUCACUCCAAUAAAUAUGGCAUACCCCUGUCAGAACUUCAGAAUGAAUACAAACUGCUGACUGGCGAGUGGAUUCCCUUCAGGCACUUAGGACAUAACACUCUGGAAGGCUACCUGGAGAGCAUCCCAGGAGUGGUCAGAAUCGAAGGGAAUAAAAUGGGAGAGAUGACUUGCCAUGCUGUUGCUUGUCCCGAGACUGUGCAAAUUGCUCAACUGGUAGCCCGGCAGAGGAGUUCCAAGAAGAAGAUGGGUCGGCAAGUGAACUGCCAGAUGAGGCUGAAGAACACGUCUCCAGUCGCACUUGUAGGAAAGCCCAAAGGAACUUUGAGACAGCCCCAGUCUUUGAGCAUGCCAGAAGAAGGCGGCAAGAAGCCGGUUCCUCGCGUGCCGAGAGGCACAGGUGUGGCGUGUGGCGUGGUGAAGCCCACCAUGGAGAGUGCCCGGUCUGCCUUGCCUCCGGCCACUGGGAGCGGACCAUCCAAAGAGAUCCCGAUGCAGAGGCAUGUCACUGUGGUCAACAGGCCUGAGAAGAGACUGACUGUCCCACCACGAUUUCAAAAGGAGCUGCAAGUUCACUUGUCCAGAAAGUCUUCUGUUGAUUCAAAUGAUAACUUAAAUACAUCCAUUGUGGAAACACGUACUGCUGCCUCUGGCCGUUCUGCUCCUAAUAUUAAUGAAGUCCAAAACCGCAUUAAGGAGAUCUUGAACAAGUACAGAAAUGGUAUUUGGGUAUCGAAGAUGGCACAGAUUUACCAGGAAAUGUACUGGGACGAGCUUAACACAGCAGUGCUCCGUCAGCUUGAGCACUGGCCUCAUGUCUGCACAGUGGAGAAAGUAUGCACAGGUGAUCAUACAGAUGGGCUUCUUUAUCCUGCUAAGAGAAUAUCACCAACUGUGAAAAGUGAUACAGAGCACGAAAAGACAUCUCAGAAUGUUAGUUCUUCAAAAGUGGACCCACUGUUAAAAGCAAGUAUGGAGUCUGAGUCUGCCUCACUUAGUAGUGACUUCAAGCAAAAAGUUGUUAAUAUCCUGAAGAAGUAUUCCAGUGGUCUCUGGGCUAAUGCACUUCCCAAAUUGUACCAGGACACUUACCAAGUAAAAUUUCCAGAAGGCAUUCUAAACAAUCUGGAGUUGCUCUCAGAUAUAUGCGUUGUUGACUAUGUGUCUAAUGUCCCCAAAAAGGCCAUCCUCUAUGUUAAACCCCAGAGAUGCACUGAGGAGAAUCUGAAUGUCACUGAGAAGGUCCAGACACCCGAUAAUGUGAAGGCCACAGCUGAACAACAAUAUGAAGAAUCCAAGGAGUGGUAUCCAGAAAAAGUAACUGUUCCUCCUCUAGUUGUUCCAUCAGAAGGACCUGUGUCCGUCAUGGUGGUAGAAUUGAACAACACUAAUGAGCUUAUAAUUAGGUAUGUGGGGAAAGAUUAUUCUUAUGCCCAGGAACAAAUGGAAGAUGACAUGAGAGCAUACUAUAGUCAGAAUUGCAAAGUGUUACAAGUUCAGUCUCUGAGCGUUGGGCAACUUGUUGUUGUACACACUGAAGAAGAGGCCUGGUUGCGUGCUCGGAUAAUUUCUGUGGAAGACAAGAGAAUAAAGGUGUACUAUGUUGACCAUGGCUUCAGUGAGGUUAUUGAAAGCAACAAUGUGUACAAACUACACAAACAGUUCUGUUCGCUUCCAUUUCAAGUUGCAAAAUGUAAACUGGCAGGGCUGGAAGUCUUCUGUGAUGAUCCUGCCCUAGUAAAGGCUGUGGAAUUGCAGACAUGUUCCAAGAUACUUGCAGUGGAAAUACUGGAAAGGAGUGAUACACCUCUUUUUGUUCUCUACGACACUUCUGGAGAUGAUGACAUCAACAUUAAUGCUACUUGUCUGAAGGUCUUAUAUGACAAAUCUUUUGAACUGCACCUACAGGUAGAUGCACUAUAUACAAAUGUCAGAAUAACCAGUGUUCUCUCAGAUGGAAGUCUGUAUUGCCAACUGCCAUCUAAAGGCUUGUCUAGGCUUUCUGAAAUCUUGCAGAAGACAGAAGACUACUUCCUUCACAAGCAGGCAUCAGACUUUAAUGUAUCACUGCCUUUCUGUGGCAAAAUCUGCUUGUUACCUUGCAAAGGAAAAUGGGCACGUGUAGAGAUAACAAUCAUUCACAGUAGACGGGCACUUGGUGUGCGCUUCGUGGACACUGGAACAGUUGCAACUGUAGAAGCUUCAGACCUUAGAGAAAUCCCGUCUCAAUUCCUGAGAGAAGUAAUUGCAAUACCUCCUCAGGCUGUAAAAUGCUGCCUAGCAGAUCUGCCUCCCAACACUGGCAUGUGGACUCCAGAUGCUGUACUGUGGCUGAGAGAUAAAGUAAUGAGUAGUCCUGAAUUUAGCAUGAAGGUGGUUAAACAGGAUGUUUCAAAGGGAAUUGCACACGUUUACUUGUUUCCUCCAGAGAAUUUCUCUGACAUGGAUCAUAGCGUCAAUCGUCAGAUCGUAAAAGCAGAUUUGUGGAAGCAUCAGAAAGAUGUUUUCUUGAGCGUUACGCCCAAGGGGACCAGCUCUGCAAAAGUGACAGGUGAUACAGUUUCAGCACUGCAGUUAAAUCGGGGAAGGCUAGAGAAGAGUUCCUCUGAUUCAGCUGAGCCUGCUUUGGAGCCCAGUAGUGCAGCGUCUGCCAGUGAUAUGCCUCCACCCCUACCCUUGUCAAAGGCUGGUGGGCUCAUGGAUGUCUAUGUCUCAGUGGCAUGCCAUCCAGGUCACUUUGUUGUCCAGCCUUGGAAAGAGCUACAUAACCUGGAAGCCCUAAUGGAAGAAAUGAUCUUGUACUACAGCAUGGCUGAAGAGAGACCUGUGAACAUUGAAAAAAACAAGUUGUAUGCAGCUAAAAUUGAAAAUCAUUGGUACAGGGUGAUAAUAAAAGGAAUUCUUAGAAAUGGCUUUUUGUCCGUAUACGAGCUGGACUAUGGUAAACAUGAGCUUGUCAGCAUAGAGAAGGUGCAGCCACUCCUGGAUAAAUUCAAAAAACUACCUUUCCAAGCUAUAAGAGCUCAGCUUGCAGGAGUGAAAAGCCAGCAAUGGUCAGAAGAGGCAUCAAUAAUGUUUCGGAAUCGAGUAGAGAAGAAACCCUUGGUGGCACAGAUACAGGCAAUUAAUGAAAGCACUAACUCCUGGGAUCGAAAAAUAGUGACUUAUUUAGUGGACACGUCUCUUCCAGAUACUGAUACAUGGAUUCAUGACUUUGUGUCUCAAAGUCUUGCAGAACUUUCAAAAGCUGAUUAAUCACCACUUCUGAAAUGUAGUGGCUCAGAUUCUUUAGCAAUAAAAUAACAGGCUUUGAAGAGAAAUGUAACUUCUUACAUUGCCUUGAUGACAUGAAGGUAUAAACUUGAAAAAUGUGUGUUCAGUUAAAAAGAUUUGUUUAACAAGUUUGGGUUAUAUUGACUUCAGGUUGACUUUAUGAAAAAUUGCACUUUGUUUACCACUGAAAUGCUAGAGUUUGGGUGAAAAUACUAAAGAAAAAGUUAUUUAUCAAUAAAGCAAUGGUGACUUGUU